AUGGCGGCCCGCGCGCCCCCCGCCGCACCUGCGGCCGAGGAGCCCGGGAGCCCCGGCGGCCCCCCGCGCAGGAAGAAGUCCCGCUCCGGCCUCCGCCGCGCCUUCAGCUGGCUGCGGGGCAAGCGGCGCAAGAAGAAGGCGACGGGAACGGAGGGAACCGACUCGGCCACCGCUCGGGCCAAGAAGACGGACGACAAGGCCAAGAAGGCCAAGGGCAAAGGCCGAGGAGCUGCCAAGGCUGAGGGUGACAAACGUCAGAGUGCAGGGCCCAGCCAGGGGCCAGGGUCUGUAGUAGACGAGCAGCAGGACAAUGUCUUCUUCCCUAGCGGGCGACCACCUCACCUGCAGGAGCUGCACACACAGGCCCAGGAGGGGCUUCGCUCCCUUCAGCACCAAGAAAGACAGAAACUCAGCAAAGGUGGCUGGGACCAUGGAGACACCCAGAGUAUACAGUCCUCCCAGACAGGGCCAGAUGAAGACAGCAUCUCCUUCUGCAGCCAGAAGUCCUACGCGACUGAGAGCUCCACAGCCGAGGACGCGCUCUCCAUCCGCUCAGAGAUGAUCCAACGCAAAGGCUCCACCUUCCGACCCCAUGACUCAUUUCCCAAAUCUGGAAAGUCUGGUCGGCGGCGAAGGGAACGUCGAAGCACGGUCUUAGGGUUGCCACAGCAUGUGCAGAAGGAACUUGGCCUGCGAAAUGAGCGCGAUGCACCAGGUACUCCCCGGCCACCCGGUCCACGGGAUGCUGUUCGCAUUCCCACGGUGGAUGGUCGCCCAGCAGGCCUGGCCUUAGGGACAGGGGUCCGGGUGUCCCUGCAGGCUCUGGAGGCAGAAGCAGAGGCUGGCACUGAUACAGAAACCAUACUGCAGCGCCACAUCGACCGCAUCUACCGGGAUGACACACUCGUUGGCCGAUCCACAGCAGCCCGGCCCCCACCACUGACCAGGCCCAUGUCCCUAGCAGUGCCAGGACUGACAGGAGGGGCAGGCCCUCCAGAGCCCCUCAGUCCAGCCAUGUCUAUUUCGCCCCAAGCCACCUAUUUGUCGAAGCUGAUCCCACACGCUGUAUUGCCUCCCACAGUUGAUGUGGUGGCACUGGGCCGCUGCAGCCUGCGCACACUGAGCCGCUGCAGCCUGCUCUCUGCUAGUCCAGCCUCUGUCCGCUCGCUGGGCCGCUUCUCCUCUGCCUCGAGCCCGUGGCCCAGAAGCCGCCAUCCUUCCUCCUCCAGUGAUACCUGGAGCCACUCUCAAUCUUCUGAGACCAUUGUGUCUGACGGUUCUACCCUCUCCUCUAAGGGGGGCUCUGACGGUCAACCAGAGGGCUCUGUGGCUAGCAAUAAUGUGGCACCCCAGCCCCCAAGCGGCAGUGGGAGGGGUUCCCCUAGUGGAGGCAGCACUGCUGAGGCCUCAGACACAGCCAGCAUCCGGAGCAGUGGGCAGUUGUCUGGCCGGAGUGUGUCCCUGCGUAAAAUGAAGCGUCCCCCCCCACCUCCCCGCCGGACCUACUCCCUCCAUCAGCGGGGCUCGGCAGCACCGGAUGGGCCCUUAGGGUUGCCGCCCAAGCCUGAGCGGAAGCAGCAGCCACAGCAGCCCCGGCCACCCACCACAGGUGGGUCUGAAGGGGUGGGGGCAGUGCCCUGCCCAUCCAACUCAGCAGGGAGCUGGGUAUCUGGCUUGUCACCAGGUGGCUCCCGGCGCCCCCCACGUUCCCCAGAACGGACACUUUCACCCUCCAGUGGAUACUCAAGCCAAAGUGGUACUCCAACUCUCCCUCCCAAGGGUCUGGCAGGUGCCCCCACUUCUCCUGGCAAGGCCAAGCCUCCUAAGCCAGAGCGGGUCAUGUCACUUCGGUCUCCUGGGGCCUCUGUGUCUUCUUCCCUCACAUCUUUGUGUUCUUCCUCCUCAGACCCUACCCCCUCAGACCGCUCUGGUCCUCACAUGCCAACCCCUCUGGGUGACAGGUUUGUCAUACCUCCUCAUCCCAAGGUGCCUGCCCCCUUCUCCCCACCUCCCUCUAAACCUAAGAGUCCUAACCAAGCUGCCCCUGCUUUAGCUACCCCUGCGGUGGCUUCUGGGCCAGUUUCUACCAUUGAUGCCAGUACUCUCCCUCCCAUUCCUCAGACAUCCCUGGCCCCACCCCAGGAGCUUCCCAAUGUCUCCAAAGACCAGUCACCCCCACCAUCCCCACCCCCAUCCUACCACCCACCCCCACCACCUGUAAAGAAGCCAGAGGUGGUUGAGGAGGCCCCGUCUAUCCCAGAGGCUGCUGAGGAGCCCAUCCCAGAUCCCAGCUGGCCACCUCCCCCACCCCCUGCACCUGAGGAGCAGGAUUUGUCCAUGGCUGACUUCCCCCCACCCGAGGAGGCCUUCUUCUCUGUGGCUAGCCCUGAGCCUGAAAGCCCUCUGGAGCCCAGCAGCUCCCAGUCUGCCUCCCCUGCCACUGUUGACUCUUCGCAGAGCACACCUGAGUGUGCUUCAGCUCCUCCUCCAGCCCCACCAGCCCCACCUCCAGCUAGUUCUCUUCCAGAACCUCUGGCCAAGCUCCCUCAGGAGCCAGUGGGCUGUGGCAAGAGCAGUGGGGCUCCCAAGGAAGAUGCCAGCAUACCUCUGGUCACGCCCUCGCUCCUGCAGAUGGUGCGGCUGCGCUCUGUAGGUGCUCCCGUAGGGGCUCCCACUCCAUCUCCAGGGCCACCGGCCCCCCAGAAGCCACUGCGAAGAGCUCUCUCAGGGCGGGCCAGCCCAGUGCCUGCUCCCUCCUCUGGUCUUCAUGCUGCUGUCCGGCUCAAGGCAUCCAGUCUGUCUGCCAGUGAGGGCCCUGGUAGUGUUCAGCCCAAUGGACCACCUGAGAUAGAGCCACGGUCUCUGCAGUCUCCUGCCUCCACGGCCAGCUUCAUCUUCUCCAGAGGCACUAAGAAACUUCAGUUUGAGCGUCCCGUGUCUCCUGAGGCCCAGGCCGACCUCCAGCGGAAUUUGGUGGCUGAACUUCGAAGCAUCUCAGAGCAACGACCAUCUCAGGCUCAGAAGAAGCCUCCCAAAGCUCCCCCACCUGUGGCCCGCAAGCCCUCUGUGGGAGCCCCCCCAGCUUCCCCCAGUUUUCCUCGGGCUGAGCCCUCUGCUGCUCCAUCCACCAAUGGUCUCCCUUAUGCCGAGGACAGGACUAAGGGGGAGCUGGCAGAGAAUGGUAGUGCUGUGCAGCUGGCGGGUACGGAGAAGAUGUCCCCCCCAGGAUCAGAUCCACAGAAAGAGCUGGUCUGACCACCACAUUCAUUGGCACAUCCCAGGAAUACAUUCUCAGGGACCUGAGCAACUCCAAGGACAAGAGGAUAUGGCAGACACAACCUAAGAAGGAUGCCUGCAGCCUUAAUCUCCACAACCUUCGAUGUUUAUGCAAGCCUGGUGUUGCCCGUCGUCCAAGUCACCCAGCUCUCAUGCCUUUUCCUGAAAGCAUUUGCCUCCAGCAGCUGCCACUUCAGCCUUGGCCUUAGCCACAUCUUUGAGGUAGCUGAUGGGAGUGAGUGUGUGCACCCCCUGCUGGCCCCACGGCCACAGAGGUGGAAGCAGAACACUUUAUUUUUUCAUGUCCAGAUCAUGCAUACUGUAGUUCAGAAUCAAAGCACUUUUGCAGAGUGGCUGCAUGUCCAUCCUCCAGGGCUCAUGAAAUUACACUCCAAGGGCCUGUUUACAUGAUGGCAGCAUCCCUGGUAGCCAGCGUUAGCUGGCACCAGCCUGUCUGUUCUUACCCCAAUCCAGUUUGUCCCUUUUCUUGGAGAUGGGCAAGUCAACUUAUUCCCACAGGCUUCCCCAGGCUGAUGGCAGGAGUGGGGCUGUGGAAUUCCAAAGCACAAAAGGUGCAGUGUGGGCUAGCCUUCCUGUGCCUCAACUUACCACCAACCACCCUCCUGCCUUCCAGUUCUGCCAGGUGCUCCUUGCAGGGGAUGAGAAAUAAGAGAUUGUCAGGACCCAAAUGGGUGAGGUGAGAAAGGACCAGAGGGGUGGUCUGCAGGCACAGUGCUCUCAGAAAGUGGGAACCAGGCCAGAGCAGGGAGUUGUCUUGGACUCUUGGUGUGCCAAGCAUUCGUCCCCACCCCAUGCCCUUUGAUUGGGUUGGGGUGAACAGGCACAACUUCAGAGGCGGGAGUGCAUGGACUGAGUCCAUUUCAGCCUGGCAUGGAGUGCUGAGGAGAAAAGGGUCUGGCAGGGGAGAGCUGCUUUAGGCAGUGAGCCCAAAUCUGGCCCUCAGUCUUCAUUUUUUACUCUGGUGUGUCCUUUCUGCAUUUGCCUUGCACCUUCCAGUUAGAGGGUUUCACCAGGGGGAGCAGACUUUGAAGGGCCAGGAUGGGAAGCCAAAGGUGCAUUUUAUCCCAGACUUAGCUUGUCAAUGACAGGGUGCCUAGCACUCCUAGGCUGGUGGCUACCCCACAAUUAACCAGCCUCUAUUAUAGAUUUCUCUUGGAGUUGUUUAAUGACUUUUCUGUUAUUUAGGUAAGGUGAACUCAUCAGUCCCAGUGGCUGUACAGGGCUGGGCCCUAGUGCCCCCCUCCACUGCAGCAGGGCCACCUCUUCUCUUCAAAAGUGAGUUGAGUUUGAGUCUGGCAAGGAAUAUUGCUAGCUUCUCCACUUAUGUGACACACUACCCUCUGCUACUGACUGCUGUUAACUGGGGAUGUAGGGGUAUGUGUACAAGAGCCCUUGGCUUCUCGAGGGCUGCUUCAAUACGUCACUACUGUCUUCUCCCUGUUGGAAGCAAUGUCCUUCUCCUGCCCUGCGGGUGAUGGGGGAGCUGCUGCUGGGUGGAUUCUGCUGCCCAAUGAGUUGGGGAGGGAGGACAAUCAUUAAGCACUGUUCUGCCCCAGGAUCCAGGAGUGGCCAGAGUGCCAUGAAACCAGGCCCUGCAGGGCAGUAGCCUGGGAGCUGCUGGGGGUGGGAGGCAGCCUAACCUGUCUGUCCCCACUCAGCCUCCAGUGUUACUGGAGUGCUUGUCCUUAGUUAGGAUCUUCUGUACAUGUUCCCCCACUGGGUGGGCCAGAGUAAAAAGCAGAGGAGUCUAUAGAGGCAAACCUUUGUCCUCUGGGGUUAAAAGAUACUGACCUUGUACAGAUGGAGAGACCAAAAGCCUCUGAUUUUUAAUUUGCAUAAAAAUGUUAGAAGCAUAUAUAUAUAUAUAUAUAUAUAUUUCUUUAAAUUUUUGAGUCUUUGAUAUGUCUAUAUAAACAAUCUUUUCCUUGUUCCCUCUUCCCUGAAGCUUGAGUGAAACACAUGAAAAAGCUGUGUUUCAUUUAAAGGUAUUAAUUAAUUAAUUAAAUGAUUGAAACUUG